AUGAUUGGUGGUUCAUUUGUGAUAUCUUUACUGAGUGGUGCAGCUGCAGGUACCUCGACAGAUUUAGUGUUCUUUCCAAUUGAUACUAUAAAGACGAGAUUACAAGCCAAAGGAGGUUUCUUUAAGACUGGGGGAUAUCAUAAUAUAUAUAGAGGUGUCGGAAGUGCCAUCGUGGCAUCUGCACCUGGUGCGUCUUUAUUCUUUGUUACAUAUGAUACUAUGAAGAUUCAAUCGAGACCAUAUAUUAAUAAAAUAGUUGGUAAAAAUAGUUCAGAACAAUUUGUUGAUACAUUGACACAUAUGUUUGCAUCAACAUUAGGUGAAAUUGCAGCAUGUCUCGUUAGAGUACCAGCUGAGGUCAUUAAACAACGUACGCAGACAAGUACUUCUCAUUCAUCAUAUCAAACAUUAAAGGUUAUUUUACAAAACUCCAACGGGGAAGGUAUUCGAAGAAAUCUUUAUAGAGGUUGGUCAACAACUAUUAUGCGUGAAAUACCAUUUACUUGUAUACAAUUUCCAUUAUAUGAAUAUAUGAAGAAAAGGUGGAGAAUGGUUGAAGGUUCUGACAUUUUAGUACCUUGGAAAGGUGCAAUUUGUGGUUCAAUUGCUGGUGGUAUUGCAGCUGCAAUAACUACACCAUUAGAUUUCCUUAAGACUAGAAUGAUGUUACAUACUAAAUCUGAACCUGUAGGUACUAUGGUACGUACAAUUUUGAAAGAAGAAGGUCCUUUAGUCUUUUUAAGCGGUAUUGGUCCAAGAACUAUGUGGAUUAGUGCUGGUGGAGCAAUUUUCCUUGGGGUCUAUGAGUCAGUACAUUACAUGUUGACCACCAAAGAUGAAGAUACAGCAACUUUACAGUAA